AAACGCAAAAAAACAAACACACAGCUAACCAAGAAAAUUUUAUAGAAUUACAAAAUUGUUUGUAACCAAUAUAAAACGAAAUAUACAUAACGAAGUGCGAAAAACAAUGAACUAAUGUAAAGAAAUAGUGCGAGUACUCCAUUUAGCGUGUUCCCCGCGUGGAACUACAUUUUUUUUCGUUUCCCUCAUUUUGUGUAAUGGUAAUGUGCGCUUGUGCUUGUGUGUGAGAGCGAAUCGAAAAAAAAUUACCGUAAAACUUGGCAGUAGCUACAUUUUUUCAAAAUAUUUCCAUACGUAAAUACUUGUUCUCAGUUGUUGGUGCGAAUGUGCGUGUGAAACUCGCGUGUUUCGUCCAUACCUACAUGGAAUAUUCGAAAAAUAUUCCGGGUGAGCACACGAGUCUGACGACAGAGAAAACCGCAGCAGAGACAAAAGGCACGGCUAAUCCCGAGUUGGGCGGAGGAGCAGCACGUCCACACAUUACGCCCCACAUUGGGGCUUGGCAGUAGCUGUAUCCGCCGCAGCAGCGGAAAAAGGCAGCGGCAGGAGCAAGAGCAGCGGACGCAGAGUCGGUACGGGAAGCGUGAAGUAGCACAGAAUGGAGCGACGCGGACGCAUACCGGUGGCCAAGUUCCGCACCCAGGAGGCCAAGACACGCAGCAGAAGUCGCGUCCGGGAGCCUGACUACAACGAGCAAGACCCCGAGCAUGAUAUGUUCACCCUGCUGGAGGAUAACAUAGCCCUGAAGGAGGAGAACAAGGCCCUCAAGCUGGAGAUUGAGACCCAUAAAACCACACAGGAGGAACAGCAGGCCCAGCACGAGAAGCUCUGCAUCCAGCUGGAGGCACUGCAGCAGCAGCAGGCCAACUUCGAGACGCAAAUCAAGGAGCUAGGCGGCAAGUUCAGCAAGGCCCUCAACGAGCGCAAUGCCCUGGACAAGCUGCACAAAAUGAAGGUCGAUCAAAUACAAAGUCUCACCAGCGAACUGGAGCACAUGCGGGAGAAGCAGCUGGAGCAGCAGCCCGGUCUGGGGAGUAGUGCAGCCCAGCAGGUCCUGGGCUCUGCGGAGCUCAAGCGAAAGUUGUUCAAGAUCCUGCAGCAGGGCAGCACCGACAGCGGUGACAGCAUCGGAAAUCAUGAUUUGGACAGCCUGGUGGAUGUGAAUGCGGAUGGUGUGUCAAUCACCAGUGGCCUUGUGGAGCGCCUGGCGGACGAGUUCCUGUCGCUCAAGAACGCCACGAAUGCCGUGGAGCUGCAGCUGUACGAGGCCAACGAGAAGAUGGCCGAACUGUUGGAGCAUCAACACUCGCUGGAGGAGGAGAACGAGACGCUGCGCUCGGAGAACAGCAACCUGACGAAGGUGGCCAAGCUGCUGACGGAGAACAUGAAGGAGAGUGUGGAGACCAGUCAGAAAAUGGAGAGUGCUCUGAUCAAGCUGAAGCAGCGCAACGAUGAGCUCACUGCCAAGACACGCGAUCUGACCGAUGGACAGCCCGGAGCGAGGACCAGUGCCAGUCCCAGUGCCUCGCCCACCACUCUGAAGGAGGAGCAGGUGGAGUUUGAGCAGAUCAAGGAUCAGGUGCAGCAGCAGGCGCGCGAACACAACGAGCGCAUUGUGGAAAUGCAAUGUCUAAUGGAUGCGGCUAUAGCAAAAACUACUAACGAUGAACUAAAAAAAUUACAACUUAAGUUGGAGAUACUCGAGGAGCAGCUGCGCGAGGCCCUCACGCGUGCCGAUCUCGCCGAAGAGCAGCUGGCCCACUAUCACCAAUCGGAGGAGAAGACCACAGCAGCUCCAUUGCCGCCACCUGCUCCGCCAAUGCCACCACCGCCGCCACCGCCUUUGCCGGGCAAACUGUUGUUCACGGCACAGACGAGGGCCGGACUGGGGGCAUCUGGGGGUAGAGAUGGUGGCGACACGGGCAGCUUCAGCGAUCACAUUGUUGGCCACAAUCUGCGCAGGGGCAGCGAUAAGAUAAUAGAUAACGUCAAGCAUCAGGUACAGGCCGAGGCAGCAACAGGUCUUGACGCUUUAGUGCGGGAGUUCAAGUCGGGCGGCGUUACACUUCGGCGCCGCAACCGCCGCAGGACUGGCACCAGCGAGGCCCUCAAGGAGAUGUUCCAAGUACUGGAGAUAAGUCAGAAGCAGAACCGCAACUCCAAGAUAUGCGUGGAUCUGAAUCUGAACAUCUGAUCAAGCUCUCAAGGCGUUCCAUGCUCUCUAACUCCAACUCUCGCUCUGUCUUUAUUGAACUUUGGUCUCAAAUCUCUCCUCUCAGGACUCUGCUGUGUGUCUCUGAACAACAACGAACAUUCCAUGCAUUUCAAUGUCCUAACCCUCCCUAACCUCGUCUAAAACUGUAUUAUUUUAUUAUCGUGUGCCUUUUCAGAAGAAACCAAAAGCCAUUUUACCCUCUAAUAAUCUUAAGACUUUUCCUCUUCAGGAUCUAUUUAAUCUGGUAUCUAUAUACCAUACAUACACAAUUAUUUAUAUUGCUAUUGGCAUUUUACAACAACUUUAUCCGCCCCUCGAUAAUGUGUUCAUUUUAACAGGUUCCGUGCUUUUUACUAAUCUUAACAACCCCAACGAUUUAUAUGUUCUGAAUAAAGGUUUAUUUUUUUAACAAAUUA